CAGUCCCCCUCUACCCGCCAUGCAGCCCCCCACGGCUCGGGACCUGCCCCCAGGCAGGCGCGUGGUGGCCCUGCUGCUGGCGGUGCUGGCGUGGGUGCCCGGCGGGGCUCCCUUCUGCCCCGCGCUCUGCACCUGCUACGUCUCGCCGCCCACUGUCAGCUGCCAGGCCAACAACUUCUCCUCCGUCCCCCCGGGACUCCCAGCCGGCGCCCGCCGCCUCUUCCUGCAGAACAACGUCAUCAGGGCGCUGCGGGCGGGCACCUUCGGGCCCAGCACUGUCACCCUCUGGCUCUACUCCAACAACAUCUCCUCCAUCCAGCCGGGCACCUUCCGACACCUGCCCGCCCUGGAGGAGCUCGACCUGGGUGACAAUCCCCACCUCCGUGUCCUGGCCCCUGACACCUUCCGUGGCCUCCGGCGCCUCCAGGCCCUGCACCUCUACAGGUGCCAGCUGGCCAGCCUGCCCAGUACCAUCUUCCGUGGCCUCCACAGCCUCCAGUACCUCUAUCUGCAGGAGAAUGGGCUGCUCUACCUCCAGGACGACCUUUUUGCAGACCUGGCCAACCUGAGCCACCUCUUCCUGCACGGGAACCGGCUGCGGGCACUGUCGGAGGGGGUGUUCCGGGGGCUGCCCAGCCUGGACCGGCUGCUGCUGCACGCCAACCGCCUGGCCACCAUCCACCGCCGGGCCUUCGCGGGGCUGGGCCGCCUCACCAUCCUCUACCUGUUCAACAACAGCCUCUCUGCCCUGCCCGGGGACCCGCUGGCCGCCCUGCCCUCCCUGCAGUUCCUGCGCCUCAACGCCAACCCCUGGGCCUGCGACUGCCGCGCUCGCAGCCUCUGGGCCUGGUUCCGCCGCACCCGGGUCUCCAGCUCCCCCGUGCCCUGCGCCAGCCCCGCAAACCGCCGGGGCUCCGACCUGCGACACCUCCGCCCCCGCGACUUCGACGCCUGCUCCGACGACGACGACGACAACGACGACAGGGGUGGCCGCGGGGACGAUGGUGGCAACGGCCAUGGCGUGAUGGGCACCCCCGGGCGGGCGCGGGGCCGCCCCGGACCUCUCCCGGCCGCCCCUCCCUCUGCCUUCUAUCGCGACGGGCUGCCCCCGCACGACCUGCGGGGACCCCAGCCCCGGCCGCCACCCCCCUCCCGUGACUCCCGCGGCCCCCCCGGGGACAGUCCCACUGCCACCGCCCCCCGGCAGUACCCUACCUUCCUGCCCCUCCUGGUUCUGCUCCUGCCCUGGCUCUGA